CAGACUCAACUUCCGGUUAAAAAAAAUAUAUUGGUUUGGUAUCGCGCCAUCAAAAUAUGAAAAAUGGAAAACUUGUUUUAUUCCCCAUAACAGUCAGAUCUCACAAUGACUCUGGCAGCAGAAGAUUGUAUGUGCCCAAUAUGCAUGUGUAUAUUAGUGGAACCCGUCACUAUGCCAUGCAAACACACCCUGUGUUACCCAUGCUUCAAGCAGAAUGUUGAGGAAGCUAGUUUGGCAUGUCCUAUGUGUCGCGUUCGAAUCUCCGUGUGGGCAAGAAGGGGAGCUAAGAAUGGCACCUUGGUGAACAAAAAGCUCUGGAGUCAAAUUCAGCAGCUGUUCCCUGACAAAGUUGAAAAACGACAAAAAGGGUUAGAUGACAGUAUUGAUGAGCCUGUGUUCCAGCCUCUGAUAAAUAUUGCUGAGCCAGGGGAAAUACGUAAAGAGUACGAAGAACAGAUGAAAAGGCUUGAGGCACAGAGAGAGGAAGAGAGGAAAAAAGAACAAGAGGCAAGUGAGGCCCUGAUUAGGCAGCUAGAGGAGGAAGAAGCGAGGAGAAGGGAACUAGAAAAUAGGGACAGGGAACUAGCUAAGGAGAUUAGUCAAGAGGUCAACCAGAGUAUUAAUGGUGAUGAUUCUGUUGCCUUUGUUGGAGACGAUGCAGUACAGCGCCAGACUCGCAGCACCUCCAGUACCUCCUCCUGUAGCGCUUCUAGUAGCAGACCUCCAUCAACCAUUGAUUCACUGCUCCGAAAAAUGAGAGAAGCAGAAAAAUUGAAAGCAGUAGAUGUGGCCAGCAGACAGGCAUCUUCACCAUAUCCUUACAAAUGCUACAGUCCAACAGAGAAGGCAUCUAAGCAGAAGAAAGGGAAGGAAAAUGGUGCUGCCUCCCCAUUUCUUUAUAAAUGUAAUGAUUCUGCAGAAAAGUUGAGCCAGGGGAGAGACAUAGUUUCUAGGAACUUGUCGUCUGCUGGACUUUCCUCCAGAAGCUGCACCAGUGUGAGUGAAAUGGGAAAUGCUGAAGAUGAUGAUGAUGACGAUGAGGAUCUUCCAUCAAAAUAUGUCUCUCUUGGUCUUCCAUCACUGGAGACUGCCAUAGGUAAUAUAAGUGACCGUUCUGAUGGUGAAAUAUUUGACAAAGACUCUGUUGAGGUGAUAGAGAGAUGUCGGAGUUCUGAGAGUAUGGACAGCAUUAGUCAGGAGAUCAGUCACUUUCGACCAAUCAGAGUCUGCCCUCUCACUCCACCACGUAAACUUCCCAGCGGAAAGGUUGUCGAGGCGCCACUAAUCCGUACCACACCAAGAAACUUGAGUAAAACGGAAUUUGGAUCUCCAGUCCGGACUCUCUCUGAUCUGGAUGCUUCCAGUCCAAUCAUGCAGAGAAGGUUAUCCGAAUUGGAGGAGGAGAGAAAGACAAAUGUUAAUAAGUUGUCAAAGUCUACAAGUACAGAGACUAAAAAAGACACCAAAAAAUCCAAGGUGGUGACUUUGACUCGUGAUCACGAUUACAGUGGGACUAAUAAAGGUAACAGUGAUCAUGAUUACUCAGCCGUGGUGAUUGACCUUGAGGCAGACAAUCCUGAGGACUCGUCUCUUAAUGAAAGCAAGGAAGAUUCUGGAAAUACGGAAGAGAAAUCCGAUACAAACAAAUACAAACUGAAAAAGCUUGUCAUUCCAUUGGAACCUACAUUUAAUGAUAAUGACUUUGACAUUCCACCUAUGAAGGAAAACAAUCCGCAGAGAAUAAAUAGUGAUACAAUCACAGUUGUGGGAAAACAAUCACCGAUUCUAACAAAGAGUAAAAGUGAGCAGGAUACUAGUGUGCGGAAAAAAGUGCAGAAAUUAUCUGGGAAAGCAAGACUGGCAUUAAGUAGCCCUCAGCGGACGAUUACUGAUUGGAUCAAACAGUCAGCAGAGUGUAGUGGACAGAACAAUUUUCAUAUGGAGCCCAGUGGUAGGGAUGAUGUGGACGGGGAACCAGUCCGUAAAGUUAAGAAAGGACAAUCGGUCAGUGUGACCCCAUUAGGUGACGGCCUGCGAAGAAAGGAGAAACGACACAAAAAGGUUAAGUCAUAUCCGAAACGUGAAAGAAAACCGUACAACCCAGACCCCAUGUGGACGUUUGUGAGUGCAGUGCACAAGAGCCAACAUGUGGACAUGGAUGAAAGUUCAAAGGACAGCAGUGUUUUUAAUGGGGUGUUGGAUGAACAGAAUGUUGAGCCAAAGGAAGUCUCUAAUCUGCAUUCAAAGAAAAGGACAGCUACAUCUGUGAAUGAUGAAAAACCCAAGAAAAGAAGGAAGGUCACAGAAAAGACAACAGUCAGAUCCAAACUAAAACAGACAUCAUCCAAAGCUAAACUCAAGUCAAUCCAACAUUCGCAGGCAAAAAAUCCUAUCCUUAACUUCUGCUCGCAGUCAAAUUUAAAACGGGUUAAGGAUGCCAUUAAAAAUAACCAGUUAGUAGAUGAAGAAGCCGAUUUUAGAGUAAGCGAUGGGGAGAAAUUGGACAGAGAAACGCAGGAAAUGAUGGACAGAAAAUUAGCAGAAGAACUUGCUAAGCAGUAUGAAAUGGAGGUGAAAAGUGGUUUUCGAUUUUUCAAGCUGAAGGGAACUUCAGAAGAAUACAAUUUCAGGCGGAAACCAAAACUCUCCACCUGAUUAUUUCCCCUUGAAUCUUUAGAAACUGUGCAAUCACACAGUGUCAUUUUAUUCUAGUAUGUUGGAUAUGAUGGCCUUAUCAGGUUAAAGAAAGUGGCAUUUUUUGUUUUUCAUUUUUUUUUUUUUCAAGGCAAACAAUUGGUCUAAAUGAUACACACUAUAAAUGAAUUUUCCAUUCAUUUAAUGUUUAGUUUUACUGCAAAUUUUGAAAGGCUCAUUCUAAAACAUAAGCAUAUUUGAGAAC